CUCAAAACAAGUCCAUCCGAUCUCCGACAUUUCCUUGCGGUGCGUUGACGUGUGGCGGCGAGUGCCUGCUGGGCGACCCAUACAUUUUUUCCUGCGUCACCACGAGGUCAAAUCAAUCUCUGCCUUUGCUCCACUACGGACGCUGUCAUGAAGUCUCCGUUAGCUCUGCUGAGGCAAAAGGCACUUCUCAUACUAGCCGCACUUUUGCUUCUUGUAGCUCAAGGAGCGGCCCUGCAGUGCUACUUCUGCUCGAUCAACGACCCAGCGUGCCUGGACCCAUUCACACCUGACAACUCGACAAUGCAGCAGACCUGUCCCUCGUGGUCCAACAUUUGCAUCAAAACGGUCGAGCUGCGGACGAAGGAAACAGACGACCGCCGACACGUUUUGCGCGGCUGCUUCAGAGACAGUUUCCAAGGCGUCGACGGCUGCAUGAUGCUGAGGAUGGCCGCACGCAGCGAGGGCAUGGACAUCCUCGCGUGUAACGUUUGCACCACCGACUUCUGCAACGACUUCUGACUUUAGAUUAAAAACAUAAAAUUGUAGUCUAAUUUAAUUACAAUUAACCUCUUGGUAUUAUAUUUAAAUAUUUCUUUUUUUGUAUUUUUCAUACUUUCAAUAUUGAUAUUUUUUCUCAAUAAUUCACGUUAAAAUUCACAAUAAAAAUAAAAAUUUGGUACUGAAAAUCAUGAUGCUUUAAUAGAGUCCAUAAUUUAAAUUCUUCUGAAAGAAUCCAAGAAAUGCACACCAACUUUCGUCAAAAUCCGGAUGCUCUACUUCAAACACAUACCUUGUUAGUUGAUUUUAUAUUAUUUUUCUCUGUGUCUGAUUUUUAUUUUUAGUGGAUCCCAAUUUUUUCUCUUGCAAAAAUAUAAUCAAAUAUAUUUAAUUUUAUUUUUUUACUGAUGUUUCCCUUUAUUUAGAUGGUUUCUGAAAC